AACAGCCCCAUACAUACCAACAUGUCUGCUCCACGAGCCAUCAGACAGGCAUUUCUGGCCAUCGAGAAGUCAGAGGGCGUCGGUGCCCGCGUCCGACGAUCAGUCGGCACCGCUAAGCUACGGAACUUCAGCCCCUUCCUCAUGCUAGACCACUUCACCGUCGGAAAGGAUGCUGGAUUCCCGGACCACCCGCAUCGAGGACAAGAAACGAUCACCUACCUCCUCUCCGGCGGUGUAGAUCAUGAAGAUUUCACCGGCCACAAGGGGACCAUCGGACCAGGUGAUCUGCAAUUCAUGACUGCGGGCAGGGGCAUCAUGCACGCUGAAAUGCCACACAACAACCCCGACGGCAGCCCCAAUGUCGGCAUACAGCUUUGGGUCGACCUGCCCAAGAAGCUGAAGAUGUGUGAACCCAGAUACCGCGAUCUCCGCGCCGAUGAGAUUCCAAUUGCGUCUGCCGAUAAUGGCAGAGCCAUCGUGAAAGUUAUAUCGGGCAAGUCGCACGGGAUAGACUCGGUCAAGGAUCUGGCCUACACGCCCGUCUGGAUACUGGACAUUACACUCAAGCCAGGCGGGAGGAUCACCCAGACGCUACCGAUCGGAUGGAAUGCCUUUGCCUACACGCUCGAGGGCACCACUGCCUUUGGCAAACGCAGCGUCCCGCAGUUCCACAACGUCGUGUUCGUACAAGAGGGCGAUUCCGUACAAGCGUCGAACCAAUCGAGAGAGGACUCCCGGUUCCUGAUCGUUGCCGGCCAGCCUCUUGAUCAGGAGAUUGUCCAAUACGGUCCAUUCGUCCUGAGCUCCACUGACGAAGUUUACCAAGCUAUCAGUGACUUCCAGACCAGCUCUAACGGCUUUGAACGGGCCAGAGGGUGGCAGAGUGAGAUCGGAAAGAGAAUGCUAUAGAU